CCCAUUCAUUUCACUUCCAACAAGCAAAGCAAAGCAAAGCAGAGCAGAAACAGAGUGCCUAGCUACCACAGGAAUCUUGUACUACUAAAAGCACAUCAGACAAUUACAAAAAUGGCCGGAGCAAGAAAAGAGAUGAUGAUUAUGAACGGAACAAACAUGUCAAGAAGGGAAGGAAUAUGGGAGACCAAUUCCAAAAAGAGGGCAAGUAAAGGCAACCAUAGUUUUGGGUUUAGCCCACUCUUUCUCUUCUAUUUUCUCCAACAAUCGCCGAUAGAGAUUGAGUCAAGAGAGAGACUAUCAGUUUUGGUAGAUUUAGGAUCUUGAGCUUGAUGAGCUUACUCUUUCUUUUGUUCUGUACAUGUUAGCUCUGUCCUGUAUAGUUUUGGAAGUUCAUUUUCAAUCAUCUUCCAUAGGGCUGAGCUUCCUUUGAUUUUUAACUUUAUUUAUGGAGUACAAUUUUUAAUA